AUGUUCAUUAUUUUCUCUCUUGGCAGGUGCACCGCUCUACACUACGACUCAGAUCUUCCUCCAACAUCCAUCAUCAUCACCUUCCACAACGAAGCCAGAUCCACUCUGCUCCGCACCAUCAAAAGUGUCUUGAAUCGGACUCCGGUUCAUCUGAUACAUGAGAUCAUCCUGGUGGACGACUUUAGCAACAACGAAAGCGACUGCCAGCUUCUCACCAAGCUGCCUAAAGUCAAAUGUCUUCGCAACAACAAGAGAGAAGGCCUGAUCCGGUCCAGAGUACGGGGGGCUGAUGCAGCCAGAGCCAAAGUCCUGACCUUCCUGGACAGCCACUGCGAGGUCAACAAAGACUGGCUGCCCCCCCUGCUGCAGAGGAUCAAACAGGAUCCCACCCGUGUGGUUAGCCCAGUCAUCGAUAUCAUCAACAUGGACACCUUCGCCUAUGUGGCGGCUUCUGCGGAUCUCCGUGGAGGGUUUGACUGGAGUCUCCAUUUUAAGUGGGAGCAGUUAUCACCUGAGCAAAAGGCGCGUCGGACCGACCCAACUCAGCCGAUCAAGACCCCGAUCAUCGCAGGCGGGCUUUUUGUGAUUGACAGGUCCUGGUUCAAUCAUCUGGGGAAAUACGACACGGCAAUGGACAUCUGGGGUGGAGAAAACUUUGAGAUCUCGUUCCGAGUUUGGCAGUGUGGCGGCAGUUUGGAGAUCCUGCCCUGCAGUCGUGUGGGCCACGUGUUCAGGAAGAAACACCCUUAUGUCUUUCCUGAAGGCAACGCCAACACAUACAUCAAGAACACGCGCCGUACAGCUGAGGUGUGGAUGGACGACUUCAGCCUGUUUUACUACUCCGCCCGGCCGGCUGCUCGAGGGAAAUCCUACGGAGACAUUCAAGGCAGAGUGGAACUUCGGAAAAAGCUCAAGUGCAAAUCCUUCAAGUGGUACCUGGACAAUGUGUACCCGGAGCUCAGGGUCCCAGAUGACUCGGACUCUAAAUCCGGUGUGAUCCGCCAGAGGCAGAACUGUCUGGAGUCUCGUAGGAUGGAGGGCCAGGAGAUGCCCGUCCUCACAUUGGGCCCCUGCACAGCAGUAGAUGGCGUCCCCACCAGCAGUCAGGAGUGGGUGUACACUCAUGGGCAGCAGAUCCGUCAGAAGCAGCACUGCCUGUCGCUGUCGACCACCUUCCCUGCAUCGCAGGUCCUGCUGCUGCCCUGCAACAUGGCGGAUGGGAAGCAGCGGUGGCAGAAAUCCGGGACUCACUUGGAGCACAUCGUCUCUCGGUUCUGCUUGGACUCGGAGAUGGCCCUGGACGGCCUGGACUCGUCCCGCAUGCUGGUCAUCAGCCCCUGCGAACUGAGCGCGUACACACAGAGAUGGGAGGUGCCCUUUUCGUGACCUUGUGAUCCUUCACCUCCAAAGACCUGCUUCCAUAAACCGACUCUCCACUUCAGAGAGCUUUGGCCGAGCCGUCCGACCUGCACAAACUGGAGGCGUGGGAACCAUCACGGCACCGAGCUGAGGAUCACCGCACAGGAAGAUGACGAAGAGUACGGGUCAAAGGGCUGAAAUUUGGUGAAACAAAAACAGCUGCAGGGGAGGAAAAUACAGCAACAGAUCAAAUGCAUGGAAAUAUGUGGGUUGGAUUAAAGAGUCUGUUUGACUCAGAGUGAAACUAAGUGCACCUUAAAAUCCAGACUGUCAUCGUCGGGCGAAAACAUUCGAUUAGGAGGGAAAAGAAUCCGACUUCUGUCAUGUUUACCAAAUAUUUCAACAGCUUCAACAGUUCAGAUGAUGAUAAAGUAUAUUCAGAAUAGUUUCCUUUUAUUUGCAAAGACUUUAAGUAAAAAAUGGAAGGAUAUCAAAGCUGUUUUUAGCAUUAUUUGUUUUGUUUCCACUUUAAAAUGAUUCGAGGAUGACCGGCUUCUUU